AUCGAGCUUCCAUCAAACUCGUGUUGUGCGCGUGUUCGCCUAGAUUAGACAGCGUAAAUCACAUCCAAAUGACUGGAUUUAUGCCCUUGACCUCUGAAUGUCACCAUGAACAGAAAAAACAAAGGCAAGGCUGCUGCCAACUCUAUGGCAAGAGCAGGCUCAGCUCAAAAGGCCGCAGCCACAGCAAAAUCUACACCUACUCCGCCAAAACCUUCACCUCCUGCACCCACUGUAUCUACUAAGCCCACACCUACAGCUACCAAGGCUUCUCCGCCACAGCCCAAAUCAAAUGAAUCAGCGAGACUCAGACAAGAAUGGCAGAACUUUGAAACGUGGCUCAAAGAUCGUAGACAAGAGAAGGACAAACGUCUCAAUGAGGCACGUUCCAAAGCCAAACUUUCUGGGAAUCAAAGCCGCUACCGAUCUUCUGCUCGAUCUGCGCAGAAUAUCCAGAAUGUGGACCUUGUUGCUUUGGAGCGUUCAUUAGACGAAGAAUUUGCUACCCAAGCUCGUACAGAGUGGUUGCGACGACUGGAUGCCAACAAUCUAGACGAAGAAAAGUGGACUGAUAUCACCGAUGCAGAGAUGCAGACGGUUGAGGCCACAUUCGCUCUUGCCGACUUCAGUGCUGUUGAAAAUGCUCGGCACGAUGCUCGUCACAGCUUAUCAGGAAGCACUUUGUCGGGCACACCGAUCAGUGUAACUCCCAGUCGAUCGUUCGGUGAAGACCCUUCGUGGGGCUGGAACGCCCACCCAUCAGUACUACCUCAGUCGGCUGCAGCUUCAGGCAGUGGAUUACGCCAAGAAAGCAAGCCGAAAGGCAGGACAGACCCGACCUCUGCAAAAUCUAGUGUACCUCCUGCGCCCGAAGAGAGCCUAUGGGAUAAGGUGAUGAAGGAAGCUUCAAACAAUUCAUCCAGGACGUCUGGUGGACAAACUGCGAGAACACCAGACGGGCUCAAACCUUCAAAGUCCGGAGCGCCUCCUGAGAGUCUUUGGGAAAUGAAGAUGAAAGGUAUACCUGGUACCUCUCAAAAUAAAACCGCAGGAAAUAUUCCACCGAAUCCUCCCCUUUCCGAUGAAAGCGAGAGUCUAUGGAUGAAAGUCAAUGGCAAAGGUGCCGCUACCAAGGAAAACGAGCCAGCAACGGCCGAUCCCGUUGUUCGAUACGAUAGGUGGGGCUGGCCGAUCGUUGACGGCCCCCAAGAGUCUAGUUCCGAAAGCUUGUGGGAUAAGAAGAUGAACGGGGGAGCCGGGAAAAUAUCACAGACUAACAAACCUGCCAAAUCCAGUCCGCUCGCAACGCAGGAACCUGAGAUUGCAGAAGCCGAUUUCCACAAUACCUUCGGUCUUCGCAGCCCCUCACUGGUUGAAGUGGAGUAUGGCGCAUUCUUGAAGACGGAUGAAAAGGGGCUGACAAACAAGACGAUGGAAGCGUCCAUUCGGGAGUUCUACAGCGACGUUGCGGAGAAGGAGAUUGUCCUUCGCAAGAAGUGGUCUACGGCAGCGACGGUGGAGGACGUUGCUUUGAGGAUGCAGUUGGUUGGGGAUUUUAUGAAGUCUGUUAAUCAGCAGGCUCACAGUGUUUUCGACGGAUGGGUGGCUACCCAGCUUGCCGCCGAAGAGAAGCGGAAGGCUGAACAAUUACGUACAACACAGGCCGCAGGGAUGAAGCGUACCCCCGCAACUACCACGCCUGGAGCGACUCCGGCCUCGCAGCAGCGUACUCAAACUCCUGAACCGACGCGAAGCAAGAAACAGGCAAAGAAAGCAGCUGCGACGGCAAAGAAAAAGGAGGUCGUGACCGCUGAGGAACCCUCUGUUAACAAUGCUUCCUCACCAGCAGAGCCACGAAAAGUGGAUGCUGCUCCACCCAGGGCUGCUACUCCAGGACUUUCCUACACCUCGAAAACGCAGAAUGGUCGUAACAACUUGUCUCCCUGGGCAACUAUGCAACAAAGAGAAUCCGCCUCCACCCCUUCUCCCUCCUCCAAUACGCCUGGCAAAACAUCCUUCCCACCACGGGCGACUACUCCGAUGCCAUCCAAGGCCCGGCGUCCGUAUCAAGCAACUGUCUCCGAUGACAUUGAAGAAGAACAGUCGUCAUCAUCCAGCUCGGAUGAUCAGGAAGAAGGUCUUACGACUCCAGAGUCCGAGAAGACCGAGGAGUCUUCUAGUUCAGGCGUGUCUUCGCCGUUCAACUGGAUGGGCGGUCAAACGGGGAAGAAUGGCAGUGCCAAUGCCAGUGCAUCGCGCGCGACGACAAAUCCAUUCGCUGCCUCAACUGCUCCGACAACUACCCGCCAACCCAAGGGGUUCAGAAGUACCGGACCACCGUCAACCUCGGCGGCGGCGCCCGCGGAGGAUGUUUCUACGAAGAUGCAUUUCUGGAUGCCUCCCAGUACUCGCGCUCCUGCUGAUGUGCCGCAAGAGGAAGAUGGAGAGGACGAGCUCUUCAAUACGAUUUCGAUGUACACGCAGACCGCCAAGGCGGCGGAUUCGAGGGCACGGGCAGGGAAGAAUGUGUACAGGUCUAGGUGAACAUCCAAUAUUGUUUUGUUUCAUAUUUAUGGCUGCUAGUCGUAUCGUCCGAGCUUUGGUCCUGCUUUAGGCCUUGCUUUCUUUGGGCUUUCGUUGACUCGAAGUUGAAUCAUUGUGAUUGUUUUCCUGGCUGUUUUGUGUUAUAUGCUCGCUUCUUCUUGUGCUCGAAGCACAAACGUUUCUCGGGUUACAUUAUACUCUUCUGUCCACUCUCCUUGCUAUCUUGGCUCCUGCUCUUGUGUUAUUCUGUAUUUCCUAGCGAUUCUGCUGUCUUUGUAGGUUACGACAUUUAACGACAAUGAUAUGAUUGCAACGUCCUUUUAUGAACCUACUC